AUGGUGAAGUUCGCGGAGAAAUGUAAAACGAUGAAGGCAUCGACUAUCGCCAAAUUCUGCACAAUAAUCAGCGCUACUAUCGCCAUGAUCGCGUUAGCAACAAUGAGAGGCGAUGUGAAAUCGUACUGGAGAUGGACUUUUGGACUCUCCCAAAGUGCUUAUUUUCUCCUCCAUGUUGGCUUCUGGCUAUCAGUCCAUAUGAAACGAGCAAUGUAUCUGGGUCAAUACAGUCUUGACGAGUUCGCCAAUCUCGAAGCCAGGCGAUUUUUUCUUUCAAUUACUCUUGCCACAGUGGCGUUUUUGUUCUAUUUCUUUUCUUUGAUUAUUUAUGGCAUGUCCUUCACCGCAGAUGGGCCAACAUUUUACCCAACAAAUAAUCACAGCGGAUUCUUAUUUAUUGGCUUGUCAGCAAUUUCACUUGGUGCUUACAUUUUCGCUUCCGUGGCGAUUGACCGGUCAGACGGAUUGAUGCUUUAUGUAACAGGAUUUCACGCCCUUCGCAACUCCAAAAGCGUUCCAAAAGAACAGACCUACCAAGUCAUUUCGCGCCAACAGUCUAACAGACAACUGCGGCCUUCUCAAUCGCAAUCAACAAUGAAAUCGACUGGAAAUGCGACGAACAGCAUCAGCCAGCACCAGCUAAUUGUCAAUCAGUCAAACCAAACAAGCCGCGUUGCCUCCUUUGCUGAUAGAACAUCGACAAAAUAUGAUUCGCUACGACACGAUUCAAGCAGCAAAACUCUACCUAAGCCAACUACUAAACCUCUACAAAUUCAACCAACUCGCCAAUCCCACCACAACUCAACCAUCAGUUCGCCAAAAAACACCUCGUUCGACGAAUUCGAACACUAA